AUGGUAGCAGGCGAAGGGGCAGAAGAUAAUUGCACUUCCGAGAUGAAUGCAUGCGUGCUGGAGCCAAGUAUUGGCCAUAGUACCCAGGAUCAUGCGAACUGUAACUGUAGUGAAGUUGAAGACUUUGUUCGAGAAGUAAUAGAAGCUGUUGCUUAUACUAGUCAGGAAGUGCGAAAUGAUAGCAUGUCUGUUGACGAUAUGUGCAAGGAAAUAGUCACUGGUGAGUGUGGAAGUCAAGUUGUUUCUCAUCGCCGAAGACGUACAACGGAAGAGUUAGCUGCUCUUGAACAGAAAAGGAACGAGCGGAAACGUAUGAAGAUGGAACAACGUGAAGCUGCCAUAGAAGAAAAAAGGCGAAAAAAAGCAGAAGCACAAAAAUUGAAAGAAGUGUUAAGAAAAAAACGUGAGGAAGCUAAAGAACAGAAACGGAAAGAAGAAGAGCUCAAAAAGGAGCAGAAGAGACUAGCAGAAGAAGAGAAAAAGGAGAAACGACGAAUAGAAGAGGAAGCAAAAAAAUUUAGAAAGGAACAGGAAGAAAAAGAACGUGAAAAAAAGCGGAAGGAAGAAGAAGAACGACUUGAACAAAAAAGGAGGGAAGAAGAUGCAGUAGAAUUAAGAAAAAAGCGUGAGUCCGAUCGUUUUCUUGCAUUUUUUGAUAGGACAGUGAAAUCGGAAAAAAAAGAAACUGAGCAAAAUUCAACCGUGCUGAACGUUUUACCAUUUUUCUGCAAGAAUGGAGUGUCACUUGCACCUCACAUACGUCGUGAUCCAUUGUCAGCGGAUGUUCAUGAUAAUUUGUUGCAAAUACCACCGCCCGUAUGCUUUACUCUAAAUUUGAAGAAAAGCAAAUUAUUCCAAUUCCAUGAUAAUUGGAGGCCUGCUUAUUAUGGUACAUGGAGGAAACAAAGUCAUUUCAUCACAGGCAGAAGGCCCUUUGCAAAGGAUACAAUGUUUUUCGAUUACGAAGUGGAUUCUGAUGAAGAAUGGGAGGUACCUGAAGGUGACGAUUGUGACGAAAGUCUAGAAAGUGAAAAUGAAGAGGAUUCUGAUGAUUCUUCUGAGGAUGAUGGAUUUAUUGUACAACAUGGAUAUUUAUCCGAAGGUGAGGGUGAAGAUGAUCAAGAUUGUGACUUACAUCAUGAGGAUUCUAAAGUCCGUGCAGAACGUUUGAAAGCUGUCGCUGAUGAGUGGGAAAAAAGUCUCAAACAAAAAUCCUUAAAGUUUAAUAAACCACUGGUUCCACGCUUGUGGGGACCCUAUUUUGAACUGCCUUCAGAAAUUCCUGAUGAGGUUCGACAACCUGUGUUCUUCGAUUAUCUCGAUGAUGAAACGUGGUAAAA